AUGCGCCUGGAGCGCCUGACGGGGCGGGGAAGGACUAACACACCAGCCUUCAACCCCAGGCGGCACGGGAUUGGCUGGGAAGUCCAGCGCCAGUGUUCUAUUGGGCGUCUGGAGCGGUGCCCAAGAUGUAUGCAGUGUGAUACAAAAUUUGACUUCAUAACUAGAAAGCAUCACUGCCGAAGAUGUGGAAAGUGCUUCUGUGACAAGUGCUGCAGUAAAAAAGUGCCUCUGCCUCGCAUGUGCUUUGUGGAUCCUGUGCGCCAGUGUGCUGAAUGCGCCCUCAUCUCUCAGAAAGAAACAGAGUUCUAUGACAAACAGCUUAAAGUGCUCAUGAAUGGUGCUACAUUCUUUGUAACUCUGGGAACAUCUGAUAAAUCUGAGCUCAUGGUUUGUCGACUUUCCAACAAUCAGAGAUAUCUGGUUUUGGAUGGAGACAGCCACUACGAAAUUGAAAUUAUACAGAUUUCAACUGUUCAGAUACUUACAGAGGGAUUUACUCCUGGAGAAAAAGAUAUUCACACUUACACCAGCCUUCUGGAGAGCCAGCAUAUUACUGAAGGAGGUAAUACUCGUGCCAUAGGUAUGAUUCUGCAGUAUAAGGUACCAGGAUCAGAGGAGCUCAUGCAGAUGAAAUUUACAGCCAGUGAAGACUUCAGCUGUAACAAGAAGCUGUCGGCAAGCUGGCUGGCAGCUAUGCAUAAGGCAACAAAACUUCUUUAUGAGUCCCGGGACCAGUAAGACCAGCAAACUGCCAGCCACUUGAGGGAAGACACCAGCCUCCAUGGACAUGCCUCUCACUAAAUUUGACAGCUGGUAGUGUUUGCUGUUCUUGACCCUUUCUCAUUCCCGUGUGGUUCAUUAUGUAAGAACUGGCAAAUGCAAUGUGAGUAUUUUUUUGAACCAUGAGUAUUCACUAUAGUGUGCAAUAUGUAUACAAUUAAUGCUUUAAACAGCCUCACCUUCUAAGACUUUGUAUAUUUUGUUAAGCCUUUACUGGCACUUAAUAUGAAAGUGACCUGCACUACAGCUAAUGUACAGCACAACUUUUAUAGUAACAAUUAUAUAUACGGUUUGCUACAAAAAGCAAACAAACAUGUACGUCUCUUCUGCAGAGAAUAGCUUUUGGGUAUAGAUCUCAGGUUUUUCCCUCUAUCCAAAUGUUUAAAAUCAAUGUAUGAUAAAAUCUGCCUUAGAUAUGAUUUUAUAGAAGUCACUUGAUUUUUUUAAACCAUUUCUUUUUAAACAUCUAAAUAUUUCACCAAAUACCACCAAAUUGGACUUACAUGAACAUGAUCUUGAAACUUUCCUUCUGUAAUAAAUAAGCUCCCUGAAUAAUUUUUAGUUUUGUAUUUUCUUUUUGGUAACUAGCUUUUGUUAAUCUAACUGUAAUGCUAUCUGAAAUUGUAUACACUUUAAUGUACAAAUCUGAAUAAAUUAAUUCACUUAUUUAAAAA